AUGCCCUUAUUCAAGAGAUCCAAAGCACCUGCUGUUCAGCCAAGUCGAUUUUCUGCCCGGUCAGUCGAGAAUCUGAGCCAGCCCACGUUGGCUCCACCGGACCACAGCUCCAACAACUACGUGGACCGCCCCCCAGAUCACCGCCUCGCCUACGAGGAAUCCUCCGGCCCUCCACAAGCAGCGCAGGACCUCGCUCAGCCGUCAUUGCGUCGUGCCCAGAGCCUACGUCAGCAACAGCAGCAGCAACCACAACCGCAACGCGACCGGCAGAUCGCCCCUGAGGACUUACAGCCUCGUCGGAAAAAGGCCGGGGGCAUAUUUCAGCGCCCAACCUCCGGCUUUAUCGAUCGCAAUCCCUCCGUCAAAGGGAUCAGACAGGUUUCGCAGCCCCUCUCGCAGCCAAGCUCCCCCCGGCACCCCCCACCCUUCGAAACGCAGGAUCAACACCAGAAUAUACACCUAGAGGAAGAGUCUCCAACAGACCCACCCGUUUAUGAACCGCGGUCGGCAUCACUAGCCUACCAGCAACAACACCUACAGCACUCUCAACGAUCGCUACACCAAUCUCACCCUUCUGUCAGUAGUGAUAUCCAGGACUGGUCGCCGCAACAGUCCGAGCCACAACAGGGCCAGCUUCUCAUUCCUCCCGGGCUUGAACGCGCCAACACCGAUCCAACGCUGGUUCAGCAGUACGGCCGACCGUCACCAACUGAACGAACCCCGGAUUCUCCUCGCUACCUACCCGACCACGGUCACCGGGGCCUGACGCUGUCUCGCCCCGAGCACGAUCUGGCAUUAAAUACAUCCCGGCCCCCUUCCCGGCAGACUUACGAGUCCCUUUCCCCGAGUCGUCACCAGAACCCUCCUGACGCCAUGCAGCAGGCCUCGCAGGCGACACCACAGGCCCAAUCCACCGAUCGAUCGGGGCAACAGGAGCGUAGGGGGAGCGCUGCUCAGAAUAUGCCGACGGAGCAUACCCGCAACACGCCAACGGGGUCACGAACACGCGAUGACUUGGAGAACCUUGACGUUCGGGCAUUAAUUCAGAAACAUGAUGAACUACAGAGCAAAUACUCCAAGGUGAAGCGUUACUAUUUCGAGAAGGAGGCGCAAGUACAGCAUCUCCAGAACACCGUUGCACAUCAACGAAUGGCGGUUUCUCGUACUGUGCUCGAUGACAAUGAAUAUACAAACCGAUUCCAGCGACUGGAUGGAGCCAUCAAGGACCUAGCAUUCUCUGUGCGUAAGGACUGGCGGGUCAUUCCCACGUGGCUGCAGGGCCUGGUAACGGACGAUGCACUGGCGGUGGGAACAAAGGAAAUGAUGGCAUUGGGACGUGCAGUAGUCAGUCGCUGGUUGAUGGAAGAAGUUUUUCAACGGCACUUCCAUCCGGGGCUGGACCCUGGUCUGAGUAUUCAGCUGAAGUCGAUCGAGAUGAACCUGCGACGACAACAGAUGCGACCAGUCACAGAUGAGGACCGUGAAAAUGCCAUUGCCAAACUUUCCAACUGGCGUCGCACCACCUUCGAUGGUCUAGGUGAUACUCUUGCAAAUCCCACCGCCCAGGAGCACCGCGCCGAGUUGAUCGAGCAUUUGAGCGUGGAGCUAGCCACCUUCCUCAGCACACAGCUGCAAGACCAAGCCCACCCAGGGCUGGAGGCCGGCGUGCGAAUGAUCAUUGAGAACACCAUUAAUAUCGUUGAAAAGAUCCCGCUAGAGGCCCGUGAUGUCUGCGUUGAGUACUUCCCACCCAACAUCUCCUUCCACGACAACUACAUGAAGGUUGAAGGUCAACUGCCACCACUUGCGCACCAACCUCCUCCACCAGCGGACCAGGAAAUCGACGACGAAGGCGACUCCUCGCCGGCCUCGAACUCCACAGGACCCUGUGCAGACGGGACAUCCCCCGCCCCACGCGAACCUCGAAGACGAUCCGUGUUUGGCGCCUUAAUGGGUCGCCGACCCGCUGACCCACCCGCUCGUCCAGCGGGUGGAGACAAAACAGAGCAAGCCGAGCCGUCUCGCAUCCGCUUUGCCUCAUUCCUUACCGUCGAAGUACGCGGCAAGGGACCUGCGACUGUCCUAAUCAAAGCGCCCGUAUGGCUGAUCGAGUGA